AUGGACAGCUUCACCGAGGAGGAGCUGGUAUUAUUGAAUGAUAAGGACGUAUUGAGUCAAAGCACGGAGCAGAUCAAACAGAAAGUGAAGCAAAUGGAACGACAAGAGGGUGUUAUUAAGCACGAGCAUGAACGUAUCCGCCAAGAGUUGGCAGUGAUCAAUAAACAGAACAAAGAGUCCCGAGAGAAGAUCGAGAUGUUUGCGAAACUUCCGUUUUUGAUAUCGAACGUCGUGGAGAUCUUAGAUAUGCCCCCUGAAGAGACGGAUGAUGGGUCUGGGUUGGAUAACAAAGCUGUAAGUACUAAAGGUGUUGUGAUAUACACAUCGAUGAGAUCAAAUAUCUUCAUUCCGGUCUCUGGAUUAGUCGAUGUUAAAGAUAUCAAACCGGGAGAUUUGGUUGGGGUGAAUAAAGAUACGUAUUUGAUACUUGAAAAACUCCCCGAACAAUACGACGGGAGAGUCAAGUCGAUGGAAGUCAUCGAACGACCGACAGAGACGUACGCGGAUGUGGGUGGAUUGGACAAACAAAUGAAUGAAAUGAUUGAGGCAAUUGUCCUCCCGAUGACACAGAAAGAGAAAUUUGAAAAACUCGGAAUUCAAACGCCAAAGGGCGUGUUACUCUUCGGACCACCAGGAACGGGUAAAACGUUGAUGGCACGUGCGUGCGCCGCUCAGACUAAAUCAACCUUUUUGAAGUUGGCGGCGCCGCAAUUGGUGUCGAGCUCGAUUGGUGAUGGCUCAAGAAUUAUUCGAGACAUGUUCGCACUUGCAAAGUCGAAAGCGCCGGCGAUCAUCUUCAUAGAUGAAAUCGACGCGAUUGGAACCAAAAGAAAUGACUCGGAACACUCGGGAGAUAGAGAAAUUCAGAGAACAAUGCUUGAGCUGUUGAAUCAGCUUGAUGGAUUUUGUAAGACUGACGAUGUCAGAGUUAUUGGCGCAACAAAUAGAAUCGAUGUGUUAGAUCCAGCGUUGCUGAGAAGUGGGAGGUUUGACAGAAAAAUUGAGUUUCCAACUCCGAACGAAGAGGCCCGUGUUAACAUCUUACAAAUCCACGCGAAGAAAUUGAAGUGCUCUGACGACGUCAACUACGAAGAACUCGCGAGGUCAACUCAAGAUUUUAAUGGGGCGCAGUUGAAGGCUGUGUGUGUUGAAGCGGGUAUGUUUGCACUGAGGAGAGAAGCACUCGAAAUCCGACAUGAAGACUUCCAACAAGGAAUUCUCGAGGUGCAGAGCAAGAAGAAAAAAAGCUUGUCGUAUUUUGCUUAA